AUGGGCAGCAUCGAUCCCACAUCCGCCUCGCAAGGAGGCCUGAACAUUCUUAUUGCUGGUGCUGGUAUCGGUGGCUUGGCUGCUGCUAUUGCACUACGCAAGCAGGGCCAUCGCGUUCAGCUUUUCGAGCGCUCUCGAUUUGCAAACGAGAUUGGAGCUGCUAUUCAUCUCACACCUAACGCUAAUUCUGCGCUGCUAGGCCUGGGAAUUGAUGCAGCCAAGUUUGGAGCCGUGGAAGUAGACCAGCUGCACAUCUAUAAUCCCGCCGGCAAGACGCUGGCAAUUGUCGAUCACAAAGCACGGGCAGAUAGGUGGCGAACUAAAUGGUCUCUUGUGCAUCGGGCCCAUCUCCAUGAAGGCUUGAAGAAUGUCGCUCAGGGAUCUGGUCCUGGCAUUCCUGCCGAGCUGCAUACUGCCAGCAAAGUUGUCGACAUUGAUCCAGAAACUGCCACAAUUACUCUCGAAAACGGCCAAGUCUUCCAUGGCGAUGUCGUGAUUGGGGCAGAUGGUGUACACUCACUUGCGAGAACGAAGCUGCCAGGCACCAAAGAGAUAGAGCCCUUCAGCUCUGGCAAGAACGCCUUCCGCUUUCUCUUGUCGCGCAAGGUCGCCCAGGAAGACCCCGAGACAAAAUCCCUAGCCGACGUCCCCAGCAUCUGUAGCAUGUGGGAUUCACAUGACAAGCGUGUGGUCAUCUAUCCAUGUGCCAACAAUGAGAUCCUGAAUUUCGUCUGCAUCCACCCUGACACACUGGGUAAGGUGAACACCGGCGCAGACUGGGAUCAGGAGGCCAGCAAGGAUGCUCUUUUGGAAGUUUACAAAGACUUCAAGCCAGAGGUGGUCAAGAUCUUGUCCAAGGCUGAUCCCCAGACACUUAAAGUAUGGCCCCUUUUCGACAUGCAAAAGCCGCCCACGUGGGUCAAUGGUCGCCUGGCAGUGCUGGGAGACGCCGUUCAUCCGUUCUUGCCAUACCGCGCUUCUGGCGGUGCUAUGGCCAUUGAAGACGGCGUGUCUCUUGGUGUGAUGCUCUCGAAGGACCUCGACCCAGCAGAAGUCCCAGAAAGGUUGAAGCUGUACGAGGAAGCUCGAUACACACGAGCUACCACGAUUCAACAGAUGACUCGAGACUCUGAUGGCCCCCAGCCCGUCGACGAAAUCCGUAGAAUGGAAGACUAUAUUUACGGGCAUGACGAAUAUGAUCAUUCGACCAACCUCCUCCGAAAGCAUCUCUGGAGUCAAGGGGCGCCCAAGUACUGGCGUCAGCCAAUAGUGUUCGGGCCUAUGCCUGGUCCCAGACAGGACUGGUACGGUCGAGAUCGUGUCCAGAAAUCGCUCAAAGCCACUUUUGAGACAGUCUCCAUCCGAUUCAAAACCAGUCGAACCUGCCUCCAGAACCUCCUUCCCAAUGACUCUUGGUCAUUUGUGAACCAGGGUACAGUAGCCUACGCAAGCUUCUCCCAGACGAAACUCCACCGCAUGGACUGGCUGGGUGGAGGCGGUUACCGCCACAUCGGCCUGUACAUCGAGGGAGUGCAGUACAAGAAGAAGAAUGGUGAAACGGUUGAGGGCACCUAUUUGCCGAUUCUGUUUGAGAGUCUGACUGAUCCUAUCGUCAGCGGUCGUGAGGAGCUUGGCAUGCCCAAGCUCUAUACAGCAAUUGAUGCCUACGACCGCAGCAACUCGCACCAUUUGACAACCAGUUGGCAAGGCGCCGUUUGGGGUCAUUUCCAUUUGGAAGAUCUCGAGGAUCAGGAACCAGAGAUGAACACGAAUCCUAAUCCGUCCAGCGUGGGGAUCUUGGUGCACCGCUACUUCCCUAAGGUCGGCCAUGAGAACAAAGGAGUGCCUGAGGCAGAGUACCCUGUCAUUGUGCCACAUGCGGAGGAGGCUAAGGUGGUUCCCUCCAAGAUCACCCGGCUGCGAAUCACCAAGAACGCAAGGUUUGAGAUCGAUGGUCUCAGCUGGACACAACUACCCACAUUGCAUCACAUCAUUUCUCGUUUGGCUGAGAUUCCAGUAGACGAAGUUGUUGGUGCAAAGAUUGUGGAAGGUGAGGGAGUGCCAGAUGUAUCAGUGGCAAAGCGUUUGGAAUAA